CCUUACUUCUUCAAUUCGGAUUUCUCGCGGCUUGCCGCGGGCCGCUGCCUUCCCGCCGCGGGCCUGAGGCGCUCCCCGGUCGGCGCUUUCCCGCCUGGCAGCGGGGGGCUGCGACACCCGGGGGGCUUUCGCCAAAAGCCCGCACAGCUCGUGGGCGAUUGGUCUUUCCCACACGGAUCGCCUUCCGAAAGCCCCAGCAGCUGCGGGGGCUGGCGUGGUGCACCCCGCGUCGGACUUUUUUCUUGCUUUUUACCUCUUGAGGGUUUAGUGUCUGAAGCAAAAGAAACCCAUCUCUCUGGAUGUGGGUUGUGAGUCACUAAUACUGCAGGAGCCAUUACAGUCCUGUCGGAUAGAAGGGCACUUUGGAAAUGUAACAUCAAUUAUUGCUACAGCAUUUGUAAAUAGAAUUUGUGAUGAAAACACUGAGAACCCUUAACUACUAAGUAAGGAAAUAAUAUGAAGGAGCUUUAAGUGCCAGAUAAUUACAAGAGCUCUGCUACAGCUGCACGCAAGGAAAAACAAAUGUGCAUUCAUCAGCGGGCAACAGUGAGGGAAAACAUUUAUUAAAAGCACUUUUCUCUAUUGCUAGCUUAAAAUUGGGAAUAUUUAUGAAAGUUAGGUCUCAAACUGUGCAUCACGAGCACACACAGACAUCAGUGCUGCGUUUGGUGCUGUGAUAGAGGAGCUGCAGGAGCAAAUGCAAGUGCAGUGCUGCUGGGCCCCCUGCCUGCCCUCUCUGCGGUGGGCUGGUGAAGGGAGCCCACCUUCGAGCAGCGCAGCUCUUUGUGAAAUGGGGGGGUAGGUUCAGUACAAGCAAGAGAAAUUGGACAGUCUGGAGACAGUGGAGUUUGGGACAUUGUGCUGUUGAGUUUCAGAAGAGAGGCUCCAUUAGCAGGCUUGGAGCCUGAUUUUGUAGCUGUGCUUUUGCCUGGCAGUCAUGCACGGGUGGGACAAGGGUACUCUGCUGCUAGUUCUACUGUACUUAGUGUGUGAGGAGACAUGCAACUUGGGUUGCUUCGGUUAAAGCUUUACUACUAGAAAGCAAAAUAAUUCAAUGCAAGUCAUGUUCAUUGCUAUUUUGUGUGCUCCAUUUACUCUGAACUCUUAAUAAUAGUGUUUACUAUAUAAUAAAUGACAAAUGCAAUGAAACUCCAUGCCCAGGAGGGCUGACUGAGAACCACUGGUCUUGCCAAAACCAACAGAACUGGAAAGCCCUCAGCACCCUCAAAGAGCAGGCCAAAGGACGCUGUGUGUAGCCAAUAUCAGUAAAAUAUUUUUAUGCUUUGUAGAGAUCUUUUAAAUAUUUAAAAACAGCUGUAGUGGAGUGCUCGCAAAAGUCGGGGACGGUUUGUAUGCUUGCAGUAUUAUGUUCCUGUUUCCCAUUAACUAGCAGCUGUUGUUGUUUUCUUUGGGAGGGUGAGAAUAAGAAAAAGAAAAAAAUGAUACUCAUGACCCUGUAUGUAUGUGUGGUACCUCACUUGAGGGGAAAAAAAUUAGAUCCUGGCAACUGAGUUUCUGUAAAUCACUGUAGGCUUUGAAAUUGCUCACUGGAUACCACUAAUAUGUAAGGCUCUGAUGUUGCAAUAUUUGCUCAUCUAGUCUUAGUCCCUGUAAAAGUCUGUGAGAAUUUGAGUUGUGUUUAGUGGUGCCAGGGUUGUGCUACUCUGCUGGGUCCAGGAUGGGCUGUAGAGACCUGGCACUCUUAGUCACCAGUGCCACCCUCUGUUCAUUGAUGUUCGAACCGGACAGGUAGACCUGCCUCAUGUAGCAGUCCUCUUUUCACGUCAACCCUUUCUGUUUGUAGUUCAGAAAGGAGACAUGAAGAAAUUUAAGUUGUCAAGACAAGAAACUGAAAAACAAGGCAGCUCCAGAAGGAACAUGAAAACUUUCAGUGCAUUUUCUGUGCCCAGUGAGCAGGUGUUUGUGGAUCACCAGCCAUGCCUGUUUCAGGCUGUGCUGAAAAUGUUUCCCAUGCUGAUAUGCCAAUGGAUUGUAUGACUUUUCAGGCAGCCUGUAAAGAGGAAUGGUCUUAACUUUGUCAUUGUUUUCCUCCUCGCUUGUCAUAUCUGCUGUUUUUAACCAGAUGUUUUUGUCAAGGCAGGGACUCCGCAUGUUACAGUGUUUUUGUACAGUGGUUACUGUGGAGGGGAACACACUAUUUACACAUGAAAUUGGAAUACGGUUUUGUACACAGCAGCAGCAAAGUUGGUGGUUUCAGAAUGCAGCAUCUUAAGAUCGAUGUGUUAAAAUGGGCUUUGAUUCCUUCCAUUUGUAUGGAUAAUUCCCCAGUCAUGCAUUAAGCCAUUUGUCCUUGCUGUGUUAACUUAGUUUCUCUGGGACAGAGUUAUUGUUACAAGUUUUAAUAAUUCUCCUAUAUUUAACUUCCUGUUCCCUGUAACUUCCUUGUAAAACUUGGAUUCUCUCUUACAGUGAAGUGAGGAAUUCUGGUGAGUUCAGUAUUCUCACCAGAAAAGAUACAGGGCAGCCCUGUCUGGUCUAGUAGUACAUUCAUCUUCUCCUGGGAGUUGUCUGUAGAUACCUGUUUUUACCCAAUUCCUGUGUAAAGUUUACACAAGCAAUACUGAACUUUGAACAGAAAGAGAGCUAAUGCUGGUGACAUGCAGCUUACAUUGCUUUUUGAUCAUGUACGGCACUUUUUUUUCUGUUCAUGAAUGUUCUUGGAACCAGGAUUAAAUAAAAACAAACAUCUUUUUAAAAAAUCAGCCUAGAUUAAAGUAAUAGAAGUAACAGAGAAGAUGUCUCUAGCUAGUCUGAACUGUAUUUUUGCCUUCUGGACCAAAUAUUCUUAAUUAUGGUUUAAAUUAGUGCUGAUUACAGAAUCUCUGUGAUUGCUCCAUCUGGUCAUUUUUAUGGCAGCAGGAAGUGAAAAUGCCUUUAUCUUUAGCAGACUACAUACUUGUGACUCCUUUGAGGUAAUUGUCGUUCUGAGGAUCUGUGGUUGCUUUAUUUCAGUCUACAGUAGGUAUGGCAUGGGUGAAACUAACACAGCGGCUGCUGUUAACACAAUUAACUAUUUGUCAUCUUAUUUCCAGGAACAAAUGAGAGAUGCUGUUUCACAUUCUGCUUUGAAAUAGUACAAUGAAAUAUUUGUAGUCACCAAAAUAGUGGUUCUUUCCUUCAAACACCUAGGAGCAAUAGGGCUAAGGUGUCUGGGUGACAGCUUUUGCUUCUUGCAGUGCCUAUGACGGGAAAGCAAGUGAUGGACCAUAACUUCGUGGAUUAUUUAGAGCUCAUGAUGGUGGAAAUUUUUUACGUGUUUUGAAAGUGAGAGCUUUAAAGCAUUUGCAGUAACAUCCAUGCCCUAUAAUUUUAAAAGCUUUUGAAAUGUAUAUCUAAUUUUCUUGUACAACAUAUGGAAAUUAUCUCUGCCAGUUUCCUGCUGAGAAGUGGUUGAGCUAUGAACAGCAGAUUGUUGUUGCACCUGUAAAAGAGGAACAUGGACUGUUUUUCAUUAAGCUAUACGUUUAAUAGUAUGAAUACUGUAUGCUUAUGCCAAGUAAAUUAUUUUAAAAGGUUGUGGGUUUUUUUUUCUUCAGUCAGGAACUCAGAGAAAGAAAACUAGGUAACUUAAAUCAUAGGCUUUUGGAUGUAAUCCCAGCCUGUAUCUUCGUGAAGUGACAGACUUAAUAAAGGUCGUAGAUAGGUAAUUCCUCUGGCCUUCAUGGCUCACCUAUUAGAAAAUAGACUAAUGGAAGAGAUACAGGUAAGGCUGGCCUCCUAACAGCUGUGCUGAGAGGCAAAUUUUCCUCUAAGUAGGGGGUUGUGAAGCACUGCCUUUGAAAUUUUGAGCUUUCCUCUUUAAUUGCUCAAAAUGUAGCUUAAAAAGUACCCUGAUUAUAACCUGGGUGAAUGGUGAGAAAAGUGGAUGGGACAGGCUCAUCUCGCAGAGCAAAAUGAAGAUGGUCUGUGCUGAAGAAAUGGCUUGGCUCCAGCCCCAGCUGAAUUUGCAAGGGCUUUCCUUGUGGGAGAGCUUGCCAGGAGGCAAGAAUAGUGAAAUAUUGUAACUUCACUUGAUCAGUUGUCUGCUCCUUCAGGCAGACAGCUGUGCCUAUUGAAUCACCUCUGCUUUAAGCCAUGGUCAAGACUUAAAGCAGCGUUACAGUCGCUGGAUGGUCAUAUUGAAGUCUCUCGUGAGGGCCAAAUGGGAGGGGAGGGAUAGCUCUGAGCAGAGGGUCGCUUUCUUCAUUAUAAAAAAAAUUACUUGGUUUUCUUAGGAGCCACAAGUUCCUUUGUGGGGCUGGCCUUCCACUCUGCGGGGACUUGUUGAGGCACUGUCCUGGGUGAGACAAUGGAAACGUACUCAGACUGCGCACUGACAGGAACAGUAAAAAACAGGCAGGGAUCACCCUUUUUCUUUCCUCCUGGUCUUCUGUGACCACAUACGCUUUCCUUCCAGGCUGCAGAGCCAGCUGCUAUUAGCCACUUCAGAGGUUGUCCCACUGCAGAUGAGUGUAGGUAUCAUGCAGUACAUAUGUGCCUAUAUAGCACAGUACAGGCACCCCCAAACUGAAAAGCCGGUGGAUUACAUAGCAUUGGCACCAAUUCUUUUGCCAACAUAGGUGUUCUCAAGGAAACUGUUCUCAGAAAUAUUUAAGGAAUGAGGAUGUUUUGGAGGGCAUUUUGAUAGUUUGGAUUUGUAGUGCCGUUCAGAUGACCAAACCCAGAAGGUGAACAACGAUCAGCAAAGGCCUGGAGAAAUGAGGUACUAUAUAGCUCUAAUGAUGAAAGAAGGGCUGUAUUGAUAUCUAAUUCAUUUUCUAAGCAAUGGUUGGUUUUUUUCCUCAAAUAGCAUUCUGAUUUUGUACUUCCUUUCUAUUUACAGAGGUGUGAACAUCAAAUUAACUGAAGUGCAGCAAAAUGAAACCUCAAUGAAAAAACAGACUGAUAAUUAUUAGCUCUCAGUUAGUUUUCUCUAUGUUUUUCAGAUCAGUGCUACAAAACAAGAUGUAUUGGCAAAUCAUUCUGACUGUGUUUAUGUUGUUGGAUUUUCUUCAAAUGGCAGUUGCUCACUGCAUGGUCCACCAGAUUCCUCCCAGGAACUUUACAUUACCUUAUAGGCUACUGAAUGAGACGUUUCUGAGUCCUUUCUCUGCUGGAGUUGUAGAGAGCUGGUCUGGUUUGAGGAGAGAGCAUGGAGCAUCCAAAACCAAGCUGCCUUUGCUAAUGAACGAAGAAAGUUUUCUGUGUUGCCUUUGGAGUGAUAACAACAUUGAUUGUUCUUUGUACAGAGCAAGCAUGCAAGCAAGGAAGUUUAUUCCUUCAGAAAUAAAUAUCUCUGCUUCUCAGGAAAUAGAUUCAAAUUGGAACAUUGAAUGUUGGAUUAAAGGCAAGCUGGACCUGUUAGUUUGUAGCCUACGGUUUUUGAAGCUGUACUUGAGAGACGACAUGAAGGUUAAUCUUUUAUAUGCUGUAUCAGAGCUGUCACUGGGAGAUGUAUUUACAAGCUCUCUGAAGGGGACCAUCAUGGUUGCUCCGUGUGACUGUAGUGAGUAUGACAAGUGUGAGUGCUGCGUGCCUUCUCUGAGGCUCAACUACACUUACAUCAUGUGGCUGAAGAUGGUGAUCGGUGUUACACCUCUGUGGUCACCUUUGAUGUCAGUCAAGCCCAUAGACAUAAUAAAACCAGAACCUCCUUUGAACCUGCAUCUAGAAAUGGCAGAGAAAGGUCAAGUGAAGAUCUGCUGGUCUGACCCUGUGCUGAUGCCAUACCCGCUUCAGUAUGAAGUGAAAAUCUCUGCAAAUUCCGGUCAAAGUGGUUGGCAGAUGGUUCGUGUUGCUCUAGAAACCUCACUGGCCAUAGACAAUAUGCUACUUGAUUCUUCAUACUUAGUUCAAGUGCGGUGCCGGAAUCACCGGGGUCCAGGGUUCUGGAGUGACUGGAGCAUACCAUAUAACCUCAACUUGGGAGCUGAAGUCCUGUACUUCCCUCCUAAGAUAUUGACCAGUGUUGGUUCUAAUGUUUCCUUUCAUUGCAUCUAUAAAAACAAAACCAAGAUUGUAGUGUCCAAGAAGAUUGUUUGGUGGCUGAAUUUAGCAGAAGAAAUCCCAGAAAGUCAGUAUACGCUUGUGAAUGAUCGCGUAAGCAAAGUUACUCUUUUCAACUUGAAAGCAACAAAACCUAGAGGAAGUUUCUUCUAUAACGCAUUAUACUGUUGUCAUCAAAAUAGGGAAUGUCAUCAUAGAUACGCUGAAUUAUAUGUAGUAGAUGUGAAUAUUGCUAUCACAUGUGAAACGGAUGGGUACUUAACUAAAAUGACUUGCAGAUGGUCUGCAAACCCAAACACAUUGCUCCUGGGGAGUUCCUUGCAGUUAAGAUACUACAGGAGCAAAAUUUAUUGUUCUGACUUUCCAAGUACGUCUCCAAAAUCAGAGGUGAAAGAAUGCCAUUUACAGAAGAAUCAUUCUUUUGAGUGUACAUUUCAGCCUAUUUUUCUUUUAUCUGGAUAUACCAUGUGGAUAGAGUUUAAGCACUUACUAGGAACUCUUGAAUCUUCACCAACUUGUGUCGUUCCAGCAGAUGUGGUAAAGCCGCUUCCUCCCUCCAAUGUUAAAGCAGAAAUCACCCGGCAUGUUGGGCUGCUGAAUGUGAGCUGGACAAACCCAGCAUUUACAAACAAUGACCUUCAAUUUCAGAUUCGGUAUGCUGUGAACAGGGAAGAAAUUACAUGGGAGCUUUAUGAAGUUUCAAAUGUGCCAAGGUCAGCUCUAAUAAAAGUUCAGAAACUUUGUGUUGAGUAUGUUGUUCAGGUCCGGUGCAGAGAACUGGAUGGGUCAGGUUACUGGAGCAACUGGAGCAGAUCAGCCUAUACGCUUGUAAAAGAUAUCAAAGCCCCCUUACAAGGCCCUGAAUUUUGGAGACUUAUUACUGAAGAUCCAGCAAGGAGGCAGAAGAAUGUUACGCUGCUGUGGAAGCCACUGAUGAAGAAUCACUCAUUGUGCAGUGUGAGUCGAUACGUUAUAAAGCAUCAGACCUCAGGAAACACCACGUGGUCAGAAUAUGUUGAUAAUGGCACUACCUGCUCAUUUCCGUGGAUUGAGCGCACACAUACCGUUACAAUUUUAGCCAUGAAUUCAAUUGGAGUUUCUUCAAUUAAUUUUAAUUUAACUCUGUCUCAGCAGAUGAGCACAGUGAGUGCUGUGCAGUCGCUUAGCGCUUACCCAGUGAACAGCACCUGUGUGAUUUUGAUUUGGACGCUUUCACCUCAGAUCUAUGUGAUAACAUCUUUUAUUAUUGAAUGGAAGAACCUUAACAAAGAAGAGGAGAUGAAAUGGGUGCGAGUUCCUCCAAAUAUUAGCAAAUAUUACAUUUAUGAUCACUUUAUUCUGAUUGAGAAGUACCAGUUCAGCCUGUACCCUGUGUUUGCUGGAGGAGUUGGCAAAUCCAGAGCAACAGAUCAAUUUACCAAAGGUGGAUAUGAAAAUGAGAAUAACGCCAGCCUCUAUGUGGUUCUGCCAAUAGUUAUUUCAACCUCAGUGUUGUUGCUUGGAGUGUUGCUGGUUUCACACCAAAGAAUGAAGAAGCUGUUUUGGGAGGAUGUUCCAAACCCCAAGAAUUGCUCCUGGGCGCAAGGAGUUAAUUUCCAGAAGGCUAGACCCUGCCUGAAUUACUGAAGGAAGCAGCUGGGAGCCCCUGGGACAGGCAGCACAGCAUGCCCCUUGAAGCCAGCCUCUGGAAGUGGGUCAGGACCAGAGACCAAACACCUGCUGUGAAUGUUUAAAUUGCAGGGUAGUUAGUAAAUCAGUUGCAGAAUCCCAUAUGUGUCAUGCUUAUGCACCUCGGUGAGCACCACGUGUGUAUCGAAGGGCAUGUGCUUUGCUGGGGUAAGCUGCCUCUCCGUUUGGCGUGUGGCUCGGGAGCUGUGGUGUGAUGAGCUGUGACAAGAGGCUUUACACGGACUUACCCUCUCUGCGCCAGCAGGCAGUUUCUCAUGGUCCCGGAGUCUGUCAGGGUGAAACCAUAGAGAAAAUAAUCUGAAUUCAAGGCUGUUAUUCCUAAAAGAAAGAGCAUCUAAAGGCAGAAGAUUUUUCAGGUAUUUAAUUUGCGUUCCCAGUGAAGGUUUCUUUUCUCAUCUUUUAUUUUAUUUCAUUUCAUUUAAACAGAGAAUGGACAUUCUUUGAAGUCUAAUCAUGGUCACUGCCUGCUGAACCAUUGGGCCAGCUCCCAGGCUUCCUAUACAGAAUUGUUAGAAGAUUUUUCUAUUUAUAUUCAGAAGACAGGAAGCACAGAUACAAUACAAUGCUGAGUUGUUUAAAUAUAACGAAUCCUGAAGUAGCUCUGUCAUAAAUCUAAAAUGCCCUCACAAAAAUGAGGAGCAAGUGCCGUAUUACAGACUGAAACAGUGCAGUUUGUCACUUGCACAGGCAGAAGCACUUUUGAUUUGGCGUUUGUAACUCUUGUUUACUGCCCUGCUGAGGCUGUGGCUGGCAAAGGGCUGAAUACUUUCAAGCCCUGGCUUUCAAAAGGAGUUGAAAGAGCCCAGCCCUUCUCAGGACACAGCCGUGGAAGCAGAGAUAUCAGACUGGUUUGGGAUUUAUCCAGCUUGAGUGCCAAAUCUGCCCAGUUAUUGACCUCACUUGAAAGUGGUUGUUUUUUUUAAAUUCCAGUUGAGUAUUUGUUCCAAUUGAGAGCUGGCUUGGGAGUUUCCACUGACUUCAGGCACAUCAAAGCAAUCACAUCUCUUACUUGCACAAGUACUUGUUUGUCCCCUUACAGUCUUUUGAACUUUUUACAGGCAUUUGGGUGCUGCAGCAACUCAGAGAAUGCAGAAAUUGGGUGUGUGUUGUGCCUUCCUGUUUGCUUGCUUGCUUUUUCCUGAAAAUACUGAUGUGUGUGUUAUGUGGCUUCUUUGCUUGUUACCAUGUAAACAUGCAGCCACAUCAGUGCAGAUGCCUUGAAUAAUCUCCGUUAGAUCUGUAUUUGAAAAAACAAGCCAGAAAUCCUUCAGGAAAAUCUGAUCUCUGUGGUGGUUGGGCAGUUUCUGCUCAUUUUUUUUACUUACAAUUUUCUGUGGCUUUUUUUUUUUUCUUUUUUUACUUCUUUGAUGAACCAUGCUCUAUUUUUUAAUGUUAAAUGAAGCUCCUGGAAGCCCUUCCUUUGGGGAAGAUGCCGUUGUGGUUGGACGGAGGGAAGAGUGGCUGUCCUCCCAGCUGGCGGUAGCAGUCACACUGGCUGGUGUUAGCUGAGCCUGUGCCUCUGCCUUGGUCUGGAAAGCGAAGCGUGUUUUACUGCGGGGGGUCACUAAACCCUGAGUGGUCUGACACAGCUGCUUCCAUGGCCAGGGCUGGGCUCUUGCAGCAGCUGAUAAUUGCAGGGGUGUAAGUGGCACCGAGGCCCCUGUAUUUCAUCUUUUCAUCUAUAGCAAAAGGGCACUCGUGACAAUCCUCACUGUCCCCGAUUGCAGAGGUGCAUGGAGUUUGUACGUUGGAUUUAGCAUGUUGGAAAUGAUUCUCCUCACCGACUGGCAGAGCUGAAAUAAGUGUAUGAAAGGUGAUGAAGUUUUAAUUAGGGAAGGAGGGUAAAGCUGACACCCUGGUGGCACUGCUCCAUAUUCAUAUUCCUUGUUCCAUAAUUAAUGGGAAAGAAAUGAUGCAUGCAAGUAUGAAAGAAAUUGAAGUUUGACAUGACUUUUGACAGCUUGCUAUGCAGUAGAAAGCAUGCCUCUUCUGAACAUUGUACUAAUCUUACUGGAAAACGUUGCUUAAUGUUAGUUAAUUGCACUGAAAGUGCAGUGCCCGUCCUCAGAUUAGCAUGAUCACCUCCCGCUUCAUAAGUGUCCAAGGCCAGGACACAUUCUUUGAAACAGUGUUUUUAGGACCAAAUCCUGCUUUUGUACGCGUGAAUGGAAUUUCCAGUAGAAAAAGCAGCAUGUGGUAAGUGUAUGGCAUUUUUCCUUAGCUGUAAUAAGCACCAGUUACAUAACAAGAGCCGAUAUACCACUGCCAGAAAGUUCUGAUGUCUUUCUGAAGGCAUUUGAUGUAGAACUUCUGUCUUGUCCUGGUACGUAUCGAUAUUAAAUCCUUGAGUCAACACCUGAUCGUUACUUUGUAUAUUCACUAUAGUACACUUGGGUUUUGGUACCCCGGAACUGUGUUUAUAGAGUAUUAUUUUAUCCUGAUCUCACAGCAGCAAGAAGUUAAAAUCAGCAUCAAAACCAGGCAAGUCUUGCAUCGAGACACUGUCUUACAAGCCUUUACAUGUAUGCAUGAUGUCAAAAUCAUAAAAAUUCCUUUUGCUCAAUAAAAUAGUAAAUAAAAAUAAAAAAGCUUUAGGACCUAGUGCUGGAGAAAUUACUUAAACACAACCACAAGUAUUUUACAGGGAAAUUAGCACCAAUUUUGCAAAGGCUCAUGCAUUUCUAAAUUACCCUGCUAUGUCCGUGGGCCAGUUUGCAGUGUGUAAAGUUAAAUAUUUGCGAAAGUCAAAAUCUGGUUGUAGCAGAAUUGGGCCGAUGGUGUAUUGUGAUGUAUCUGUGUUUGCACUGGAGUGCAAAGGAGGUUUGACUUCAGCCUGUCUCAGGCGUGGUGCCUGGCUGGCGGCUUGGGGGUAGGCUCUUGCUUGUCAGACAGAUACAGCUUAAAGCCGAGACUGAGCAGGGGAGCAGCGCUGCUUGAAAUCCCUGCUGUGGUUGGAUCUCGUUGCAUCUGGUCAGCAAAGCUGGGGAACGGGUGACCUGAGGCCAUGACUUUUCUCCCAUUUUACAGAACUGCUUUGCCUGUUGUUGAACAGAGUUUGUGCCCAGAUUCUACCGUACGUGUGUAUCCUGUGGAAAUACAGCACCAUUCACCCAGCUUACUCUCCAGUUGCUGACAUGUUAUAGGUUUACGUCUACUCUGGAUGCUGGAUUAUGCAUUGUAUUUGAUUAAAUAUGGGACAUGUUUUAGUAAGUGAUGUGUCUGAGUUGACAGAUGGUGGCCUUUGCCAAACACCGCACCUGUCUUUGAACAUGACGUAUUUAAUCUUGGCAGGCAAUGUUACCUGUGUGUUUUCUGUGGUACCCACAUGCAUUUGUAAAAGCAGGUACCGGGGGCCUGGGGUGAGGGAGCAAGCCAAGCAGAUUUGGGGAGGAAUGUAAAUCAUCUCCAUGCAGGAUAAACCAGCUGCCGGUUGUCGGCGGGCCAGUAUAUCGGGAGGAAAUGUGGAUUUUUGGUUGUUCAAAAGCAUCCUAUUAAUACGUCCCCCAUUUAAAAAUGCCGCUGUGGGCAGUGUACACUGAUGGCCGUUAGUCUGCUUGCGCACAGCAGCGUCUCUGUUCCUGUAUCAACUCACAGCCAACCUGUGAGAGGAAGGAUGGCUUUCAUCGCACAAGUGUAAGUUACGAUUAUUUGGCUUGCCGUGUACAGUAGAGUAGCAGCUCGUUUCAGUAGCUGGUUCAUUUUAGAUGCAGUUACGGACAUUAUUUUGAAGAGUAGGAGAGGCUGCAGUGCGCAGGCUGGCUUCGGUGUGGGAAGGUGAUGGACUUGUGUGGGGCAAGUCCCAGAGCAGUUGGAAACCAGCUCGCCAGCUUUGCCACCUGAGGGCACCGGCGAUACCGAUAGCUGGUCUAGACCGAAGUAGUAGCCCAAGCUGUGCCAGUGAGUACACUCUUUUCUAUAAUUAUAUACUAGUCUAAGUAUUUUGACAUGUUCAUAGUCAUUCUGGCAGCUUUCCUGCUGUACAACACGCUUUGCUAAUAUACACAAAAUCUGGUUUUAUCUAUUUGUUUUGUCUUGAAUUCAUUAGGAAAUCCGUGGUUUUUUCAAGUGAUUUUUCCUUUGUAGCUAGGAGUUGCAGUUUUGCCAUUGGCUCGGGCCGCUGUAUGUUGUAUGUGCAUAUCUAUUAGGUAGCAGUAAAGCGUACAUUUUUCCAAAAUAAAUGUCUGUUUCUCUUGACGCAGUUCAAGCGUACAGCUACUAUUCAGAUGGGAACGCCCUAAAAAUACUACAGAAAGGCAGAAUUUUACCCUAAAUGAUACAAUCCUAGCAGGGAAAGUUACUUUAGUGGACAUGUAAAUGAUUAAGUCUGUUUAUGCAAUCUAACUAAAAAGCCAAGGACAUCUAAAGGUAUAAGACCUUUGUCUUGCAAAGCACUUGCGUGUGUUUUUAACAAUAUGCGCAUGUUCAUUAAUGUAGAAAUGAAUGGGACCACGCAGCUGUUUCUGUUCCAGCUUAAGUGACGCGCUGUCUUGGCUGGAGCGCUGAGCACGUCACCGAGCACUUGCUUUGCGAGCCUUGACGCACAGGCAGGUUCUCGCUUUUUUUGUCCUGUCAGUCUUCACCUACACGCAGACCUAAAGAGGAAAUGUGUUGUGGAGGAUUUGCAACUAUAUACUUUUCACUAAAGCAAUGGGUGUUUUCUCUGUGAUUCUUAAAAUCAAUAGCUUCAUGCUGAAAUAAAGUUAUUAAGUAAUA